AUGGCGUAUCGAAGGUGUUCCUAUGACUUCGACUCGAGUUCUGUCGGUAUUCUCGAAAUCUUGGACGACACUGAAACCACCAAAAAGAAAAGUUCCAAGCUAUUUAGCAGCUUGUUGGAGUGCGAGUCUUACCAGUACUUAAGGAAAAUCUGUGAUGGUUUGGACACAACCAUGGCAGGCGUUGGUGACUAUCUCAAUGUCUGUUCGUAUUAUGCUUUUGAUUACUAUGAGAUUGCCUCAAUUUAUGAGAAGCAGAGGGAUGGGCCAUCCAGAGCCCUAAUCGAUUACUUACCAGCCACACGUGAACAGCUGACAGUGGCUAAGUUUGUUACUGUGGCGAGAAAAGUAGCAAAGAGAGGUGAUGUCGCAAAGCUGUUGAAGGAGUAUGACUUUUUGUUAGAAAGAAUGGCAAGGUUUUUUCAUUUCAGAUAG